AUGUCGCUCGCCUAUUCCCAGCAGUCACAGCAAGCGUCGAAUCCGGGUGGUGGCCGUGGUGGUAAUCCACCAAAUCGUGGCCAGGGACCGCCCCCGAGCUCCAUGCAUAUACAGAAGAUAUUGGAUGAAAAUGCGGGCCUAAUACAGACGAUACAGGAGUUUCAGUUUGCUGGUAAAUCGAGCGAAAGCAUGUCCUACCAGGUGGCAUUGCAUCGAAACCUCGUCUAUUUGGCGAAUCUGGCAGAUCCGCAGCAGAACGUAUCAUCGUUAUUACCGCCACCGCAAAUGCUGCAUGCUAUUCAGCAACAACAGCAACAACAACAGCAGCAACAACAGCAACCUCCACCGCCAACACACGAUGGCAGCAUGAUGGGCCAGGGCCCUGGUCAACCGGGAAUGCCCGGUUACCCGCAACCCGGCCAAGCGCCACCGGGUGUCGGAAUGGGUGGUCAACAACCGCAGCAGCAGCAACAGCAGCAAGGUCAGCCGCACGCGAGCAACGGUGUGGUGCCCACAGGGCAACAGCACAACCCACACGGACCACCGAAUCCGUCCGCCGGCGGUAUGCAGCAGCCAGGCCAGCAGGCCGGUGUACCGGGUAACGUUGGACCCGGUCACGGACAGAAUGCGGUCCCGCAGGUGCCAAAUCAACCUGGACAGAAUGUAGUGAUGGGUGGUGCUGGUGGUGGUAAUCAGCAAGGUGGAUACCGUGCACCUGGUACUAGUGGACCGAUGGCACCAACAUCGAACGCACCUGUAGUUGGUGGCCAGCAACAGCAGCAGCAGCAGCAAGGUCUCGUGAACCAGCAAAAUGCUGGCCCGGGUGGAGCGAUCCGUGCACCGGGCAUUCCCGGUCCGGGUGGACAGCAGCAGCAACCGGCUAGCCAGCCAUUGCCGCCCCAAACGUCCGGUUAUCAGCAGCGUGCUUCGUACAACGUGCAGCACUCACACUAUCCGGGAUAUCCGCCCCCGAAUCAAGCACCGUACGGUGCUCAGACCGGAUAUUCCCCGUACGGUGGUCCACCGAACCAGGUGCAGGGUUACGGACCGCCACAGGCAGGCACACCGCAGGGCUACCACCACGCGGGUGUACCACCGGCCGGUUCGACCGGUGGUCAAGUACCACCGGUACAGGGUUCACCAUAUCCGGGUGCGGCCGCAGGACAACAUCCUGGUGCAGGUGGAGCUGGUGCUGCUGGCAGUGGUGCUGGACCGGGUGCGUAUCAGCAAGGCCUGCCACCCGGUGCUCCGAAUGCACAACCACACGUAGGCUACGGUCCGCCUGGGCAACCACCCGUGCAGUAUCCGCCCCAGGGUGGACCCGGUGGGCCUCCACCACCGCACGGUUAUCCCGGUUAUCCGGGGGCCGGUGCCGGCGCGGGAGCCGCUGCUGCUGCCGGUCCAAAUGGUCCAUACGGUCAACCAACCGGUCCCGGUCAGCAGGGUGGUCAUCCACCACAAGGUCAGGUAGGCGGUUAUCCUGCACAAUCUCCUGGCUAUCCGAUGCCACAACAGCCACAAUACCCCACGGGUUAUCCCGGCACCGGUCCACCGAAUACGGCUGGACCUAUUCCGACCAGCGUUGGCGCAGGUGCCGGUCAGGCGGGUGCAGCAGGUGCUGGUGGUACAGUCGCGGGACAACCAUCCGCCUAUCCGGGUCCGCAACAGCAGCAACAACCCCCACAGACAGCAGUUACCGCUGGAGGUCCAGGUGUACCGUCGUCCGCCAUCCCUGCCACCACUACCUCCUCCUACCCGACGGCCAACCCGGGUGGUGUGUCGGUUGGUGCCGGCUCAAUGCCCCCUGGCGGUUCGUACAACACACAGCCACCCAACGCGCAGCAGCAGCAGCAACAACAACAGCAGCAGCAACAACAACAGCACGGUCAACCACCGGUUUCGAGCUAUCAACAGCAGCAGCAACAGCAACCGGCUGGAGCCGUUGUUCCCGGACAGCAACAACAGCAACAACAGCAGGGUGCCCCGGGACCAGCUGGACCGGGUGUCUAUCCACCCCAUCCACCCUACCACCAGCAGUCGUAUGCACCGCUGCCCGUCCCCCAGGGCCAGUAUCCGCCCGCCCAAACUGGAUAUCCGCAGUAUCCGCAGCGUCCACCGAACACACAGAUGCCGCCACCCGGUCCGCAGGGUCCACCACCGCAAGGUGCCUACGGAUAUUACGGUCAGCCACCACAGUAG